AUGCCUGCGCAGCGACGUCGAGGGCAGGCGCGAGAAGAGCAGCCGUCGGCGACGAUCAGAUUCCAGCCGGAGCCGCGCCGGGAGCCGUGGUGCGCGUGUUGCGGAUGGGACAUGAUCCUUUUGUUUCUCGUGAUGGUCGGACUCGCCGCCUACAUCAUGCUCCACAUCCACCUCUAUCCGACCGUCGAAAAAGUGCUCCCGCUGCCCAAUAUUGACCCGGAACAAGUAAAUUUUUGGGGGAAAAAGCAAAAUUUGACAAUUUUCGUUCAGGCGCCCUACACGUGGGGCACUUUCCGACCGCACGUGUACUUUGGAUUGCGCACGCGAUCGCCGUUGUCGCCGCUGUUCGGAAUGAUGUGGUACGAGCAGCCGAACACCGUUCAGAGGCCUCACAUUCGGCAUUGGUGUCAUCAAGGUGGGCGAACAUUCUGGAAAAUCAAAUAAAUUUGCAAUUCCGCAGUGCUUUUGAAGAAACAGGGUAAGGUAUCUACUAAAAGUCAGAAAAUCCCACAAAAAACUAGCCAGACACACAAUGUGUUAGCAAUUUAGGUUGAGCUUACCAAUUUUCGUGUCCUGGUGCUACUAACUUUGCUACCAGCCCUAAAAACAAGUUUGAUCAAUGAGAAUUUCCAAAAACACUUACUUUUGUGCAAUUUCUCGCAUUCCAGACGACCGUCUUCCCGGCUACUACUGGUACGAAGCGGACGGGCGCACGUUCGGCCGUCAGAACAUCUCCGAGCACCACGGCGGAGUGAUCCAGACCGAUUGGGUGGCCGAUCAUCGCGGAUUCGGGGCGCGCGUCCGUCUGAACAUGCCGCCCGGCCGCCGCUACAAUGUGAUUCUGUACCUGUCGGCGCAGGACGUCAGCACGCGGUUUGUGCUCGGAAACCACCUGCAGGACGUGUUCCACGGCCACAGCGAUCUGCUCGGAAAGUUUGUGCUCAGUGUUCGGCUCAAGGGCGGCACCAAACUGCAGGCGUCGCAUUCGGUGCUUCUGACCGACGAGAAGAUUCCCAUCGACCGAUAUCACGAUUUCAUCUCCGACAAUACGGUGCGUGAGUGAAAACUGACAAAAACUGACAAAAAUUUUGAAAAAUGAGACAUUUCUCUGCAAAGUUCUUUUUCCGCUCUAUCCAAUGGUAUGAAUAUCUUACACACUAAUUUUUAGUGAAUUUCAUAAAAAAAAAUUUUCAAAAAUUUCACAAAAUUGAUUCAGCAAGCGUACAAUUCGCCACACGAACAACUGCACUAUUUGCUCAACGAGAAGCACAACGAUCCGGAGGGAAAAUUGGCGGCGAUCCAACUGAAUUUGGGCCAUUCGGCCGAGUUCGAAAUAAUUUUUCAGUACGUUCGGGCAUUUUUGCUAGAGUAACCGUCGGUGCCAGCAUUUUCAGAGUGGAAAAAUUGGCGCCGAUGAGUUCGGAGGAGCUGACGAACGUGCUCCGGCUACGCACCAACAAUUUCAACAAGAAAUACGAGAACGUCUUCCAACUGGCCGCCAAAAACUAUACUCCAGUGGAGAGGAAAAUGGCCAAAGUGGCUCUUUCUAACAUGUUGGGCUCCCUGGGCUAUUGGUACGGAUACAAUAAAGUGCAGCACCACGGACUGCAGCAGACGUACGGACCGCACGUGCUCUUCAGUGCGGUUCCCUCGCGACCGUUCUUCCCGCGCGGCUUCCUCUGGGACGAGGGCUUCCAUCAGAUGCUCAUCCGCAAAAUGGACCCCCGCCUGAGUUUGGAGGUGAUUGCCUCGUGGAUGAACGCGAUGGACACUUCCGGAUGGAUCCCGCGCGAGAUGAUUGUGGGCGCGGAGGCCGAGGCCAAGGUGCCCGCCGAAUUCAUUCCGCAGCGGCCCGACGUCGCCAAUCCGCCCACGCUUUUCUAUGUGAUGGACAAGCUCGUGCACGAUGAAAAGGUUGCCAUUUCUACUAGAUUUUCGAUGCCCAACUUUGCACGAUUCAUUUUACUCAAAAUUUCAGUCGGUUCGGAUUAUUUGGUGUGGUUUUCGAACGAAAGCUUCAAUUUGCACCUAAAUGAUCCGAUAGGACUGCAACAUUUAUAGCUAAAAUCCUGCAAAGUUGGGGAAACUGGAUUUGACUAGAUUUGUGGGGAAAGUAUGCAAAAUCCAACGUUUUAGUUAAAUUUAUCGAAAAAUCGGUGUCAGAUCCAGUUGACGGCCUCAAUUAUCGAGUUGCACUACUUCUCGUCUAGUUUUGUACUAUUUCAAAUGAAUUUUUCAACAAAAAUCAAAAAACAUUCCAGACGGUGAGCAAGUACGCGGGAAUCCUAAAACUGCUGUACCCGCGCCUCGAGAAGUGGUUCCAGUGGCUGCGAACUUCCCAAGCGGGUCCGACACGCACCACGUACCGCUGGCGCGGCCGAAACGAGACGAUCACGACGGAGCUGAAUCCGAAGACGCUCUCGUCGGGCCUCGACGAUUUUCCGCGCGCGUCGCAUCCGUCCGACCAGGAGUACCAUCUCGAUCUGCGGUGCUGGCUGGCACUGGCCGCGCGUGUGCUCGAGCGGCUCUCCAAGAGCUACGGGACCGAUCAGGAGCACCAGCGGAUUGCGAAGGCGAUGGACGAGCUGAACAACUUCGAUUGGCUCCUGAAAGAUCACUGGAGCGAGCAGCAUCAGGGAUUUUUCGAUUACGGUAAACACAGUGAUGACGUGGCUCUGGCGCCGGUGCCGACGCCCGGGAAGCCGAGGGCUUUCGAGUACCAAAGGGUCACGUCGAGAAGCCCCGCCUACCGACUCGUCACCAACGUCUUCGGCUACAACAACCUCUUUCCGAUGCUCCUCAAACUUAUCCCGUCGAAAUCGACGCAACUCAAAGCGAUCUUCGACAAAAUUCACGAUCCAAAGGUUCUUUGGACGCCGUUCGGACUCCGCUCCAUCUCCAGAUCGUCGCCGUAUUACAUGCAGCGGAAUACGGAGCACGAUCCGCCGUACUGGCGGGGCUACAUUUGGAUAAACAUCAACUAUAUGGUGCUCAGCUCGUUGCGACACUACGCCGAUCAGCCGGGACCGCAUCGCGAGCAGGCGGAGACCAUUUUCCAAGAGUUGCGCGCCAAUUUGGUGCACAAUUUGGCAAAUGUGAGUGACUUCUCUGGAAAAAAUUGUAAAUUCACAAGUUCCUGUUUUGCAGCAAUUCAACCGUACCGGCUUUCUCUGGGAGAACUACGACGACAAGACGGGCGAGGGACGCGGAUGUCACCCGUUCACCGGCUGGUCCUCCCUCAUCCUCCUCAUUAUGAGCGACAAUCUCGACACCUGA